GAAAUGUUUAUUUAAGUGUUAAAAAAAUUAGAAAUAAUAUUCAGCAGAUCUAAUAUCUGUUAAAGUAAUGAGAAUAUGCGGUUGUAGUGAAGUUAAAGAGAAAAUACUCUAGUGCAAAAGUAAAUAUUAUAUUCAGUGGAAGGCAUUAGCAUAACAUUGCAUGUUUUGGACAUAACUUUAAAGCGAGAGUUUAAAACGGAAGAGACCCGAUGACUUUCUUAAUCUGAUCAUUCUUGAGAUCUUUACGUUUCGUAUUUGUGUUACCCAUUCAGAGUAGACCACAUAUGAUAAGGAUUCUCAGAGAAACAGUGAAUCAAAAGAGCGAAAAAUGAUCAAAUGACAUGUUCAAUAGAGCAAUACAGCGAAAAAAACUAUAAAACAAAGUGCUUUCGUUGCAAUCGGUUAGUUUUCUGUUGACUGCUUCGUAGUUAAGUGUUAUUAUUUCUCGUACCUUGAUUUAAAUCCGUGUUUAAACAUCCCAUUAAAAUCAUUACUGCAAAUUCAAGCUUGCAAUUGAAGAAAAAAUUAUAAAUUUGAAAGAAAAUUGUGAAAUAGUUGAAAAUUUGAAAUAAAAAGAAAUUGAUUUUGAAAUCUCGACAGUGCGUGUAAGAAGUGGUUUAAUCAAACAUCAAAGCAAAUUAUCGGAUAUUCAAGUAAAAUAAAUAAUUUAUAAUCUUGGACCGAGAUAUAUUAACUACUCAGACAUAAAUCGAAGGACGUGGCAUUCUUAUUGCUCUUACAAAAGCUUAUAUCGCAUUUAUUAAAAGCUUGAAACUUUUUAAAUCUUCUAACGGGAAACUCUUCUGUGGACAAAAUGUGUGGUAUUUUUGCAUACUUAAACUACAUGACGCCGAAAACACGCCGUGAGGUUCUGGAAUAUCUAGUCACCGGCUUGAAGCGUCUUGAGUAUCGUGGAUACGAUUCUGCUGGAGUUGCAAUUGACAAUGUUGAUUCGAAAGGAAUUUUGUUGAUUAAGCAGACGGGAAAAGUGAAGGUUCUUGAAGAUGCAAUUAGGGAACAAAUGGUGGACCAUGACCUCGAAACCCCGAUGACAACUCAUUGUGGAAUUUCUCACACACGUUGGGCAACCCAUGGAGUUCCUAGUGACCUCAACUCUCAUCCUCAGCGAUCAGAUAUUGACAACACGUUUGUUGUAGUUCACAACGGAAUAAUUACCAAUUACAAGGACGUGAAAACGUUCCUUGAGAAGCGUGGCUACGUUUUCGAGAGCGAUACUGACACGGAAAUCAUUGCAAAACUCAUUCAUCACUUAUAUAUGCAACGUCCAAGUGUUUCUUUUCGCGAAUUGGUUGAACAGGUUAUUCAACAAUUGGAAGGAGCUUUUGCAUUAGCUUUCAAGUCAAAAUAUUUCCCUGGUGAAUGUGUCGCCACGCGUCGUGGUUCGCCAUUGCUUGUCGGAAUUAAAACCAAAACACGUUUAGCAACUGAUCAUAUACCAAUUUUGUAUGGCAAAGACGAGGAUAACAAGAAAGAACAUCGGCCACAUGGUCAUCGUGACGUACCAUUAUUGCCACGAACUGACAGUACAUCUGAGUUUCAACCUCUCGAGGACAAAGAAGUUGAAUAUUUCUUUGCGUCUGAUGCCUCUGCUGUCAUUGAACACACAAAUCGCGUCAUAUAUUUAGAGGACGAUGACGUUGCAGCAGUCAAGGAUGGAGCUUUAAGCAUUCAUCGUUUGAAGAAGACCAUGGAAGAUGCAUUAGCACGAGAGAUCACCACUCUCAAAAUGGAAAUUCAACAGAUCAUGAAAGGAAAUUACGAAUAUUUCAUGCAAAAAGAAAUUUUUGAACAGCCGGAAUCAGUCAUCAAUACAAUGCGAGGUCGUGUGAACUUUGUCAAUCAAACAGUAACUCUUGGAGGAAUUAAGGAGUACAUUCCAGAAAUUAAACGUUGUCGUCGACUCAUGUUGAUUGGAUGUGGUACGUCCUAUCAUAGUGCAGUUGCCACUCGUCAGCUGUUGGAAGAAUUGACUGAACUUCCCGUCAUGGUUGAGUUAGCCAGCGACUUCCUUGACCGCAACACUCCAAUUUUCCGUGAUGACGUUUGCUUCUUCAUCUCACAAUCUGGUGAAACUGCUGACACUUUAAUGGCCUUACGUUAUUGUAAACAACGUGGAGCUCUCAUUGUCGGGAUCACAAAUACUGUCGGUAGCUCAAUCUGUCGUGAAUCACAUUGCGGUGUUCACAUUAAUGCUGGUCCCGAAAUUGGUGUCGCUUCAACGAAAGCUUACACAUCACAAUUCAUAUCUUUGGUGAUGUUUGGACUUGUCAUGAGUGAAGAUCGAAUUUCUUUACAAUCUCGACGAAAGGAAAUUCUCAUGGGAUUAACGCAACUUGAUAAACAGAUCAAGGAAGUUUUGCAGUUGGACGAAAAAGUUCUUGAAAUUGCUAAGGGAUUGUUCGAAAAGAAAAGUUUAUUGAUUAUGGGACGUGGAUAUAAUUUUGCUACAUGCAUGGAAGGUGCUUUGAAAGUAAAAGAGUUGACUUACAUGCACUGCGAGGGAAUAAUGGCUGGAGAAUUAAAACACGGCCCACUUGCUCUUGUUGACGAUCUGAUGCCAAUCGUUAUGAUUGUUAUGCGCGAUGGUGUUUACAAUAAAACAAUCAAUGCGAUUCAACAGGUUAAAGCACGUGGUGGUUUACCAAUUGUCAUCUGCGAACAAGGUGACAAGGAAACCGAGCAAUUCGCCAGUAAAAUCCUCGAAGUGCCAAAAACGGUUGAUUGUCUUCAGGGAAUUUUAACAGUCAUCCCAAUGCAGCUUUUAUCUUAUCAUAUAGCAGUACUUCGUGGUUGCAAUGUAGAUUGUCCAAGAAACCUUGCAAAAUCGGUCACCGUUGAAUAAAUUUGAUAAAUUUUCCACCAACUUAUUUAAUAACUUUAAAAAUUCCAAGUUGUUGAUGUUUGAUUGUCGUUUUUAUUUUUUUGACAUUCUAUUUUUGUUUCUAUUUUUAUUUAUGCAUUGAAAUUUAUCACUUCAAUUAUCGUUUUGAAAACUUUUUCAUAUAUUAAUCUUUGCGAAUUCAAAAGUUGAUACAUUUUCUGGAGGAUUACGUACGCUGAUUGAGAUAAAUAUUUUGAUUGGAUUUUUUUUUACAAUUUAAACUCAAAAUUAUUGUCAAUAAAAAUGAAGUUAUUGAAAUAUAUUUUUCCUGUGCUUUCAAACUUAAUAAAUACCUAAUUCUUUUUUGUAAUAAAAUAUAAAAAAUACAUAAAAUGGAAUAAAUGAAUUAAAACUUUUUAUCACGUCUAUUUGUUUGAGUUUAAAUUUCCUUCUUAAACAAAAAGAACUUGGAAAAUUCUUUUCGUUAGACAAUAUUUCAAAAAUAAACUGCUUAAUAUUUAUUAAUCCCGAGCAUUCUUCAAUUCUAUCAUCUAUUUUUUCACAAUAUAGGUAACAACAUUAAUAAAGGCUAUACAUUCUUUUCAUAUUUAAAACUUCAUGGCAUAAAAUUAUUAAAAAUCAAUCAAAUUAUUUAAAAUAUUUUCUACCACAUUUUCUCAUUUCUGCGAGCACAGGAUUUUCCGUUCUUUUACCAAAAUAACUUCGUUUCAUUUUCUUUUUCUUAAUUUUACUUGUUGUACCAAUGACCGGAAGGCUGCAGUUUUGUCCAAUUUUGUCUAAUGACUUUUUAAUGUAUGAAUCAUCAACGACGUCUUUUUUUGUCAUAAAAAUUCCCAAUGCUGAAGAUAUGUCAACGUUAUGCUUCGAUUGGUGUUUUUCACUUUUAAAGCAUCGAGAAUGGCAUUUGAAUGCCAUAAAUGUAUCUUUUGAUUCUAAGAAGUUUCCUUCCUUCUCUUUAAAAUCAUCUCGUUUCAUAUUUAAGUUUUGUGCAUAAAAAUAAGAUUCAGGAGACAAAUCUAUAUUGAAUGAGUCACUCGAAUCUGAACCUUGAAUAAAACUUUCUUCAUAAUCGGUUGUAACUACUUUCAUUCCACAACUCAUUUCUAAAGCACUCAUAAAAUCACUCCCUCUAAUUUUUGUUUUAUUUUUGAGGGAAGUUUUAAAAUGUUUAAUUGAUGAACUUCAGGUAGGUAUUUAACUUCAGUGAAGUGAAUGAUCACACACAAUCUUAAUUUUUUACCUUUUCUCGACUUAAAUAAAACAAAUUUAAAUUUUCUUAACAAUAAA